UUCGUUUAUAGAAUAAAUUCUUGCUUACAGUACCCCUAGCACCUAUCCAUCAUGGCCGAUUCUGAUCUUGAUUUUACCACUGGAGAUGCCGGGGCUUCCAGCACCUUCCCCAUGCAGUGCAGUGCCCUGCGUAAGAACGGAUUUGUUGUCCUAAAAGGACGUCCCUGUAAAAUUGUUGAAAUGUCAACUUCGAAGACUGGAAAACACGGUCAUGCUAAGGUUCAUAUGGUUGGAAUUGACAUUUUCUCUGGAAAGAAGUAUGAAGAUAUCUGUCCUUCCACCCACAAUAUGGAUGUUCCUAACAUCAAGAGAAAUGAUUAUCAGCUGAUUGGCAUUACAGAUGGCUAUCUCUCUCUGCUGAUGGAUAAUGGAGAUGUCCGUGAGGAUCUCAAACUGCCAGAUAAUGAAUUGGGCAAAGAGAUAGAAAACAAAAAUGAUGGUGGUGAGGAGAUGCUGAUUUCUGUGCUGUCUGCUAUGGGAGAGGAAGCUGCUGUUGCCAUCAAGGCCAUGACCAAGUAAAUAGGAAGAGACUGGCUGCUCAUGCUGAGACCUACCACAAAUCUUACAUUUUGGUUCUAAUUGUCACCAAAGCUAUGGCCUUCACAAACAACCUCAGUUUUUGAUUUCUGUUUCAAAAUGGCACUGGACUUUACAACUGUCUUGUAGGCUGAUGGGCAUUACGCCAAAUCACUGAGGUGGCUUUUUAUUUUACUGAAUUGUGAUUUUUUUUUUUUCCUCUCUUUGCUUAUGCUUUAAAGGUAUUAGUCCUACCACUUACAUUCCUAAACAUGAUAAAAAUGCGAUUCAGGAUAUGUUUAAUUUCCAUUUUAUUUUAUAUUCUCUUCCCUUGGAAGUCUUCUAUAUUUCAGUUUUAUUCAAUGUGCUGAACUUUGCCCAGAGUCAAAAGUUGUCCACUAUUUAAAAACCAAAGGCAAUACUUCAGUCAUAUUGAGUGAUUGGUAGUACUGUCCUUUCCCAGUGCUGCACUGGUGUCAUCAAGUAGAAAUGGGUCUUUAUCGGCACAUAAACUUAAACCUUGAGUAUAACAGUUUUCUAAUAACCCAAAUGAUUAAACUUCAGUGAUUUUUUUUCUUAAUGCCGGUCUGCCUUAAUGCAAUCCUGCAGCCAAGUCAAUGCUGGUGGCCAUGUGCAAUUGUUACCUCUGUACUAAAUGUCAACUUGUUGGCUGUCAUUGGCAACCUUAAUGUCUAAAGCCUGUAUGUUUUCAGCUAGGUAGGCAUUCAGAAUGUUGUACUGACGCCAUAUGGCAUGUUUAAGGGGAACUCAAACUGGGGGAAGGGCGUAAGCAUUACAAACCUUUUCACUUGAGGCCUUUGUCACCAGACUUGAGAGAGAGAGAAAUAAUAAUAAAAAAAAAAAACCAGAAAAAAUGCAGUUCAGUUGCUCUUUUUUUAUUUGCAAAGAAGUAAUAGCAAAUGAGGGAUCUAUUUUCCCCAGACCCCACCCACCCAACAAAGUCUCAGUCUGAAGUUUUGUCUGCAGCGUGUGCUACUGUGUGGUCUUGCAUGUGCUGAACAGUCAUUAAUUUGAAUGUUUACCUACUUUAAUGUAAAAGAUUCCUUGAAAUCUUUAAUUGCAGGGAUUUCUAGGAAAACGGGUUGUUUCUCUUGAACGUAAAUAUAUUGGACCAACAUUACAAGGGAUUAAAAGACUGCAUUUGUUUGUAUUGAAUUCUUGAUUAAAGUUUUUUUGUUUUUUUUUUUCGCCCCAUUUAAAUGUUAUUUUGUAUUCUCAAAGUUUUGAAACUUGAAUAACGGAAGAGUAUCUUAAUUUUUUUAAUUGCUGUGUGUAUGACUUGAGGUAUUCCAGGUUCACUAUACACUUUAGUUGUCAUUUUGAGUAAUUCUGACCCUUCUCUGUAGUAAUAUUGUAUUAAAAAUGGGUGGGCUGAGGAGAAAUACUGAAUUUACCACUGGUGUAUUUGAAUUGUGAUUUGGUGUGUAGCUGAAGCCCUCCCUUCACCCAGGAAUUGUGGAAUAAAAAUUCUUAAAUCUUA